AUGUUUUGGUUUGAUGAGGCGCAAUGUAACGAUACACUUCAGAUCAAUUUUUUCAUAUUUAGACCCGUGGUAAUCGAGCCAGCGACAAUACGCUGUAAUUAUUUCAAGUCAUGGUUCUUAAUUGACCUCCUUUCGUGCCUUCCAUACGAUAUUUUUUACAUGUUUAAACAUGAUGAUGAGAGGAUAGGUUCAUUACUGAGUGCAUUGAAAGUGGUACGUCUUCUACGAUUGGGUCGUGUGGCCCGUAAACUGGACAACUACCUAGAAUAUGGUGCAGCAACUCUUUUGCUUUUAUUAUGUGCGUAUGUGCUCGUUGCUCAUUGGCUUGCCUGCAUAUGGUUUUCAAUCGGUGAAUAUGAAGUUAAAUUACGGUUCAUCGAUCCGUCGAUACCUGAGGGAUGGCUGCUGAAGCUAUCGAAGGACCUGAACUCACCAUACAACUACACUUUCACGAAUCGCUUCAGAUUGAUUGGAGGUCCACCAAGGGCGUCAGCCUACAUAAGU